CUCAUAAACGACGACGGGAGCGCGGAGCGUCAUCGAGUUCACUCGAACCGGAGCCCCGACGCGGAGCGGACCCGGUUUUUACCUCGUCGUUAAAAAAAAUCGGAAAAUUAUUCAUUUUUCAAAAUUUUUUUCAAUUCUUUCGAAUUCGAAGCUUUUUGGAGAUAAUAAUGAAAACGGUUUGGGGCCUCGUCCCGAUUCUGGCCGCGCUCGUGGCCCUCGCGGGCUCGAGCGACGUCACGCCGCCCGGAAAAGCCUUUUACUUGGGCUUGCCCGACGACGAAAAACACGAUUUUCUCAUCUUCUCAUUGGGCCACGGAUACACCAAGAAAACUACCAAACUCCAGCGAACCUCAGCCCCGGAUUUCCGCUUCCCUGACUCCCUCGGAAUCAGCGAAGAACACAUCGAAAAAUUUCAGCAAUUAAUUUACCCGGACGAUUUUACCUCGAAUUUGUACGUUUGGAUACGAGCCCGAUACAAUCUGAACGAAGUUAAAAUGCGUACGCUCAUAUUGCAACGGAUGGUCUGCCUCGAAAACGGUAAUUGCAUCGACAUCGACGACGUCGGUGGACUCUGCUGUCCUUUUUAACAAUAAAAAUCGUCAGCCCCGCAAAUCCCUUCGAAACCGAAGAGAAUCCAUAAUCCAAACGACGAAUUUUCACAAUUUUUUCUCCUAAUCCACGAAAAGAUGAAAAAUUUUCAUUAUUUUUUCCAAAAAUGAAAAAUGAAAAAUCUAGAGUCCCCGGAAAAGACGUUUUGGAAUAUUGGAAAAAAAGAAUCGAAAAGCCUCGAAAAAAACUGAAUAAGGAAUCAAUUUCUUCGACUUUUUGUAAAUGUAUGAGCGAUAAGAAAAAAAACUUGGAAAUUCCAGUCAGAAUAAAAUGCGGUGACACAGAGACCGUUGCACUCGUGUUUGUAUCUCCUGCUGUAUUUUUACGUAAAUUAUUGGCUCAUAUACAUAAGUUUACAUAUUUCGCUAAGUGGAUAUUGCUAAUGUUUUUUUCGUCGCACUUAAAAAUACAAAUCUCAUCGUCAUAUAGUAUGCGGUGACAAUAGUUUAGAAAAAUAAACAGAUUUACAUA